UCAGAUGGACGUUAAUAACUGGGGCUCCCCGGGACUGUUCACAACAACGGAGGAAGCCGCACGAGCUCUGACCAAAUAAAGACCCGUUUUCAGAUCCUGUUUUGGAACCAGACUAACGGAAACCAACGGAAACUCACGUUCUUUCUCCACUGAUAGCCAUUGUUUGUUCGUAGCUAGCUUUGUCCUUCUUCCCCGUCACAGCUGUGGUGGGUUGCUGAUAUAUUUACACAGAUCGUUGUAGGAAUAUGGCUCAGCAUGGACACCAUGUAGCCAGUUCCCAAAAAGCCCUGAUGCUGGAGAUGAAAAGUCUCCAAGAUGAACCGGUCGAAGGGUUCAAAAUAACUUUGGUGGACGAGUCGGACAUGUACAACUGGGAAGUGGCGAUAUUCGGACCCCCGAACACACACUACGAGGGUGGUUAUUUUAAGGCUCGGAUCAAGUUCCCCGUCGACUACCCGUACUCUCCACCUGCCUUUCGCUUCCUCACCAAAAUGUGGCACCCCAACAUUUAUGAGAACGGAGAUGUUUGUAUCUCCAUCCUGCACCCCCCUGUGGACGACCCUCAGAGCGGAGAGCUGCCUUCAGAGAGGUGGAACCCCACGCAGAACGUCAGGACCAUCCUGCUCAGCGUCAUCUCUCUCCUCAACGAGCCAAACACCUUCUCCCCCGCCAACGUGGACGCCUCCGUCAUGUACCGCAAGUGGAGGGACAGCAAGGGCAAGGACAGAGAAUACAUCGAGAUCAUCAGGAAGCAGGUGGUGGGGACCAAGGCGGAAGCAGAGCGGGACGGAGUCAAAGUCCCGAUCACGCUGGACGAGUACUGCGUCCGCACGCUGGUCCCGCCCACAGACGACGGCUCCAACCUGCUGUACGACGACUACUACGACGACGAGGAGCUGGACGACGACGACGAGGAGGACAACGAGGACUGUUGCUACGACGACUCAGGCACCGAGGACUCUUGACAACUUCCCCUUUAUGCCCCUCCCCCACUACACACACACCACACAUACCACACACACACACACACACCCCUCUCUCGUCAUGGACUGAACUUUAAUUCCCUCCCUCGUCGUCCUCACUUCCGUCUCGUGCUCUCACAGUAUGCACACUAAAACCUGAUGCAUCAAAACAAGCUGCAGUUGUUUUUGUUUCUGACAUGUUUUUAUUGAGUUUUUUGAGUAGAGGUUACACAUACACAGCAGCACAACGUACAGUAACAGCUUCUCUUUGUCUGCACUGAUACCCGUUUAAAUGUCCUGCGUCUUUACUCCGAGACCUGCUCCUUUGUCCAGCUUUGAACAAAGAUGGCCACCUUUCCUCUCAGAGAAUUUGGAGAGCUCUCGCCUUUUCUCGACAUCAGCGAGCUGGAAUGUAACGUCCCAGGUCCGAUCAGAUCCGAGUCAAACGAGCGGGAGGCUUAUUUAGUGCACAUAUGUGUGUGUUUUGAAAAGCUGAGUCACUUCUGAGCCAUGUGUGUGACCUCCUGUUAGCGGGCUGUUUGAAGCCCUGCCUCUUCUUGUUCUUUUUCUUUUGAGCCCCAGGGCUUGUGCUGCUCCAAAAGUGAUCCAUAAAAAAGAAGCUGUUCACACUCCCUCGUGCCUUCCCCUCGCUCCCCGAUACCACAGAUCUGAAAGACUUGUUGGAAAGACAGCAGAGGGGGAUAUUCGAGCUCACAAGGCCUCAGGUGGGGAUACUGUGACUCUCAAUGGGAUUUAUUAAUAGCAGCAUCUGUCUGAUUUGUCCGAGGUGUGAGUGAGAACGGUGUAAAAUCCAACCGAGCUACAAAGACGGGAAUGUAGAUCCUGUCACGCAGCCUUCAUCACACAAGCACGAGCUACUAGUGGCCUGGAAGCAUUCAGAAACAUCUAGCUGCUGAAAUCCAAUGUACUGUAUUUUUUUUU